AUGGGCAUACGCGAUAUUCUCAAGAAGAAGGACGACCUCUCCACAGGCCAACCGCCUGAGAGAGGCACUAUCGAUCACCUGGCAGCCCCCGAAUUUACCAUCAUCCGCUCCGAUACCUCAACCCAAGAGCGCAUCUACCCGCCCUCGCUGAAGUCUGUCGACAAUCUACAUCUCGCAGUCCAAGAACCCAAAGAAAAAGACAAGCCUCGACGAUCCCUCGAUGUCUUCCGAUCCGGUCGAUCGCGCUCUGCUUCAGAGUCGAGCCAGACAAAGAAAGAGAGCGGCGCCCGUCGUCUGUCUCAGCGACUGCACCUGAGCCGGGCACCUCCAUCGUCCGAGAACGUCCCCGAGAACCUGCCCGACAUUGUUACAUCAGAUGAGGCGCAGUGGGAGAAGCGCGCGACUAUGCUGGCGGGUCAGAAUAACCGCGCCAGGAGCAACAGCAGGCCUGGCACGCCCUCGGACAGCAGUAGAGGCGAAGAGCGUGCUGUUUCGUCGCAGCAGAUUGAUCAGGAUAUUCAAGAAGCCAUUCGCCUGCACGAGGAGGGGAAUCUGGAGUUGUCGACACGCAUGUUUGGGCGCCUGGCUGAUCCUCAAGGCGCCAACAACCCGCUCAGCCAAGUGUUGUACGGCCUUGCUUUAAGACACGGAUGGGGUUGCGCUCCAGAUCCAGAGGGUGCCGUCAAGUAUCUUUCAGCUGCAGCCUCCAAUUCUGCAUCGAUCGAGCAGAUGGCUCUCCAGGCGGGCAUGAAGAAGGGUGGAGCUGCAAAGGGAGAGCUUGUUCUCGCCAUUUUCGAGCUGGCCAACUGCUUCAGACAUGGUUGGGGCAUUGAAAAGGAUGCCUACGCCGCCAAGCAGUAUUAUGAGACUGCGGCGAAUCUAGGAGAUACUGAUGCCAUGAACGAGAUUGCCUGGUGCUACGUCGAAGGCUUCGGGUGUAAGAAAGACAAGAGCACUCUGUACAUGAGCCGUAUCGAGGCCAUGGCUGCAGAGAUGCUCUCGUUCGCUGCAGCUCGGUAUUAUCGACUGGCUGAGAAGGCCGGUAAUAAGACACUAGGGAACUCUUGGCUCUCGUCGACUCCGCUUUGCCCGGGAGCUACAGGACCUGGUGCCACGGAGGGCGUUCUAUCGAUUGGUCUUGACCCCCCAUCAUGCAUCAUACAAUUCGAUGGACAACCGCUGAUUCAAGCAUCUUGCAUUAGGAUCUGGAAGGAGAAGUACGACCCUCCGGGCGAGGGCAACCGCAAGUAG